AUGGUGGGACUAAGUAUUGUUUUGGAGUCGACUAACAACAACACUCUCAGUACUCCUAAACCGCGUCAAGUCGUUAACAAAUCCGCCGUCAUCUCCUCCGAUCUCCGCCGUGGGAAUUGUUAUCUGAGUUCUGGGUUUCUCGAACAUUGUUUUCUCUGUAGAAAGAAACUUCUUCCAGCGAAUGAUAUCUACAUGUAUAAAGGUGAUAGAGCGUUCUGUAGCGUGGAGUGUAGAUCGAAGCAGAUGAUCAUGGACGAAGAUGAAGAAAGCUUAAGAAGAGAGAACUGUUCGUCUAUGGAUGAUAAAACGACGACGUCUGAUCCGAGGAACCGAGCAGGCGGUUUCACUUUGUGA